AUGUCUGCACCAAAGGCAACAUCAAAACUAACACCAACAUCACAAUGGAGCGGCCGGAUGUGUGACUACCCACUCCCUGAACACCCUCCUGGAUCAGGUCCCCGACUUGAGCAAUGGACCGGUUGGGAGGCAUGGGACCGGUAUUGCGAUGUCAGACAGCAGGCCGAUUGGCUCCGUUUGCUCAUAGAUAUCCUUAUGCCGCUUUUGGACGCCUACUAUUCUCAAGAUAAGAACCAUCCAGGUUUCAUUGAAAUAGCCAAGGUCGAUUUUCCAAAUCCACCAGAUCUGGAGAAUUACAAUUACGAUGAAACUCAUGAAUAUCUUAAGGAAUGCUACUCCAAGAUUCUUGAUAUAGCCUUACCAGACAAGGUGCAUAAAAGUGAAAAGGGGCCUCGUACGAGACAAACCACUCUUGGGAACUAUCUCUCCCUUUACCAGCCUCUACAAGUUUCUACAUCGGCUUCGACUAUCAGAUUACUAGAGCUGUGUCCAGCUUUCGCCGAAGACGACACGAUACGUAUGAGGCUGUUUACGGCAGAACUAGACAAAACCACUGCCGGAGACUAUGAGGCGCUUUCUUACGCUUGGGAGGAACCAUCCGCAUCAGGUCAAAAAGAAUCCGUCUACGUCAAUGGUUUCAAAAUCAAGGUCACAUCUAAUCUUUUCAGUGCCCUCUCCUCGCUUAGAAAGCCUUCGACAAGCCGGCUCCUGUGGAUUGACUCAAUUUGCAUCAACCAAGCCGAUGUACGGGAGCGGCAGCACCAGGUUCAGCUCAUGGCGCGGAUAUACACUGGAGCAAAGCGUGUUAUUGUUUACCUUGGCCCAUCUACACCAGCAACGAAUACGGUUCUCAGAGUCCUACAGUCUCCAGCUUCUCAAACCUUUCCCGAAAACGGUGAUAGUCCUGAAUUAGACUUAAAUUUCUCCCGGCUAUGCCAUGAUGCUGAGACAGAGUUGAUUGAAGGAUUUAUCGACAUCACUAGCAGAAGCUGGUGGAGCAGAGUCUGGGUGCUCCAAGAAUACAUUCUACACAAGAAGGAACCUCUUAUAUAUUGUGGAAGGUUACAUGUCUCAAACCGAACCUUUUCCCAAAAUUUCUCGAGGCUAUUCAGUUGGGUGGAACACCGAAGACGACAUCCAACAACGUUGAAGGGCUGCACAGGUGAAGCUUGUAAAAUAGCUCAUCUUUCCUCCUCAUCCAACGACACACUGACCCCUGCAGCACAAAAAGCUGAAGAGAAUGAUCUUUCUCAGAACGAAAAUCACGAGCAAAAGCUUGACUUGAAGCUGGGACGAGACGCUAUGUUCCCCGCGCGAAGUUCAAUAGGCCGUGAGUGGACGAAAUGGGCCAGGCAAGUGUGGAAGGUUCGUCAGGUUCUCCGCGGCCGACAGAUCUGCGGUGCAAUAUCAUCAGGACGCUUGGUGGUGGUGGGCAGAGAUUCAAGAAGCACCUCACCACACGACAUAGUCUAUGGUCUGCGCGAGCUUAGGGAUCCUCUGUUCCGCAGUAUUUUCCCGCCCGACUAUAUGAUGCCCCUCUCCAUGCUCUUCACCCGCUAUGCCGCCUUCAUGAUCAUCGUCUAUAGGCAUAUAGAUAUGUUUUGGUACUACCCCUAUCGUCUUCGUGACCGAACGAGCGAUGGACAGACUACGCUUGGUGCUUCUUUCCAGGACAUUCCGUCAUGGGUUCCCGACUUCACAAGACCACGCAGCUACAGAUGCGAGGAAGGCCAUCCCCAACAGCUCAAGCGGAAAAAUGAAGAAUGGAAUAGCACAGCGAGGAUAUUCAAUCAUACCCUACUAAUGAACGGGCUGCUACUUGACGAGAUAGUCGACGUCUUCCCGCUUCCGUCCAAUGACCCGUUCCUGCUUCUGCAACAACUAUGGUACGUGGAAAGGAAGUUUUGGGACCCGGAAUACCUUAGGGAGAAACCCCCAGAACACAAAGAAGAGGAUGGCCUGAGCAAGGGAAUCUUUCAUAAGAUGUUGGACCAUCUUGGCGGAGUCCUUACACUCCCAAGCGUUGCUUGGUCCGCAUCCAAUCCAGACCCUAUGACAGAUAGCGUCUCAGUAGUUGAUGUCCUCGAGGGCGUCAUGAUCCUGCGCUCAGUGGUCGAUGAAGAGUAUCUUUCUUUCAGAGAAAAGAUACCGCAGGUCGCUGAUAUCAUUUUAGCGAAUGAGGGCUCUAAGACUUCUUCUAUUUACGGCCGUGAGGCGGCAGGAACAACAGCGCAUCUAUCAUCGGAAUUAGGGGAUCUCUCCCUGAACGAGGAAAAUAUUAUCCCUAAGUCGAAAGAUGAGCGCCAAAUGCUUAUUAACAAGAUAGAAUAUCGGUUGCUGGACCUUCUAACGUUUCUUGAUGAAGAGCAUAGGUGGACGGAUUUUGUUGGCAUAUGCAUUUUUGAUUAUGACAACUUCCGCUCUCAGGUCAUCCACAGGCUCAGCAUGUGGUCAGCGCAGAGGUUGGGAGACCUAUUUGGUGGCAAGCCAGGCUUCGAGCAUCUGUUGCAAGACCCCGGCCCGCGAGAAAACACGGCGAGAUGGGCCGUGACACAUAGGCCAUUUUACUAUACAGAGUAUAUCGACGCUAUCGACAACAAUCACCAUCCCAUGGAGAUUCGUAUGAGAGAAGCAUUCAUCGUCGGGCUCGCCACGCGAAUCCACAAAGUCAUGGCGAACAUGGUUGGCCUCGAAGGCACCAAGACGUUCGAGAGCUUCGAUACCGGGGACGUCCGUAAAGAUCUUCCAGAUGCCAAAAACGGUCGCAGUCCCCUAAUUUUCCUAUCCCCUAUUCUUGAAUCUAGUGAGACGGAUAAGAACCAACACCACGCAAGCGAUGCGACAGACGACGAAUUCCAAUCGCUUGACUUUCCCCACCGCCGAGGAGAUCACCCGCAUGGGAAACUGAUGCGUUGGUGGAGCCAUCCACGCGAGAAGAAAUACGAUGUGCAUCCCGUGAUGUUCGACGUGGUUCAAUACCUAGCCGGCAGAGAGCUUUUUGUGACCGAGACGGGUCUGUCAGGUAUUACAACUGUAGGGACUACGGGCUUACGGGACGGCGAUGACCUUCUUCUUAUUGAGGGUAUGUCGCAUUUGCUUAUUGGGAGGCUGGAGCCGAGCAAUGAGCUUGGCAACCCGAAGAAGAGGAGAAGGGAGAUGUCUACGAUUUGGAUGAAGAGGGAGAUUCUAGGCACUGCAGUUGCCAAGGGCAUUGAUACUAAGGAGGGAGAUGUUGAUGAAGCUAUAUGCCCCCCAUGGUUCGAGGAUAUCACUCACGGGAAGAGAGGGUUAUUUAGGUUUAGUUAG